UAUAAAAAAGAAAAGAGAAGGCUCGAGCCUGUGGCUAUCAAUCCACCGGCGAUUUGUGUGCGUGCAUUGUGUGUUCCGGCUAGAAUCAAUCGGCUAUAUUGGAGGCAAGCUUUGUACCUGCAUAUCGCAGGCUACGGUGCUAAAAAAUCGAAGGUCAAUCGAGCCAGCUUAGGGCAGGAACCAAGUCGAUAGAGCGAGCUCUGCUUCGUCGUGGACUCGUGGUGCCCGCCGUUCAUCGUGGCAUGUCAUCAUCGCCAGUAAGUACUGGGAGUUAGUCCUGCUCGGUCGCCGUCCUCUGCUUGCACCGCCGAGAGGCGAGGUGCAAUCAUCUUGGUUGAAACCUGGUAGGCGCGCGUAGGUUAUUCCCAAAAAAGAGAACUUAACCCUAGGCGGCGGCGGGGACAAAAAGGUGCGGAUGGACAAGGGGUCGAUCCCGUCGGAGAAUGAAGACUUGGUAGACGCUCUCCGUCGUCACCGUGAGAUCCUGAGAUGGGAGACGGAUCUCCUGAGGAUGGAGAUCACGUCCCGGGAUCUGGCGACGAUGACCGGAAAGAAGGCUUAUCUAAAGCGCCAUCAUGCCGCCAGCGAUGGGAGAUCAAUAUCACCUCAGUUGGUCGAUCACAUGUCCCUCCACAGGAUCAAAGAAAUCAAACCGGUGAGUUUGCCCUACCUGGUGGAUAAUCAUCAAGAAGCCCUGGAUCUGCUCUUGCACGAGGCGCACAAAUUGGCCUACCGGAUCCAUUCUCUGAGGAAAGAAUUCAGUGCCACCAUCCCCUUGGAGAAGCUCAGAUUAUUCCAUCUCCUGUCGCAAGAAUGUCUGAGGAUCUCCAAAACCAUAGCCACGCAUGGAUCGCCAAUUUCUUGUGAAUCUUCUGAGGAUGCUGAAAUUUCUCUUUUCAAAGAGCGUCGUAACGGCUGGGAAUCUACUUGGGGCAGUCCGGUGUUACGGUGUGGCAGCUUCAAUGAUAUAACCACACUGUCCCCUAUGUACUAUACGCACUCUGCACCUCGUGUCAUUGAAUCCUCUCGUUACAUCACCAAGGCCUUGCAGAUCUACUCCUUCAAAAUCUUUGACCUAAAUGAGAACUUGAAGUGGCCACUCUAUGUGUACGGUGUGGUGGCUGCUCGAGACGCUGUGGACUUUAACCGCAACCUUCUCUUCUCCUGCUCCAGGGCUAACUGCCAAGUAGUCACAGAAAAGGAUCCUUUUUUGCACCUGACUGGCCCUUCUCGUGCAAUUGUCGCUGACGAACCUGUUGACUUCGAAGUCGAGCUAAAGAUAAAAUUUGGAACAGAUCAGUCCCAGGAUAUAGCAUUGAUCAGUGCUACUAACCACUACUCUGGAGGUGAUGCUGCUUUUUUCUCUGGCCGCUCUUGUUCGGCAACAUUGAGGCUUGAGACAGUUCCUAGAGCGGCCCAGGCAACUAUAUUGUCUAUUCGAGUGGUUGGAGGAGUGUCUCUUUUCGAAUUUGGAGGCCGGGUUGCUUGCUCGUUCUCUACUGAAGAGUAUGUUGAUCCCACAUGCGAGCAAGUUGUGCUGGUUGAGUCUGCUGAAAAGAUUCCUGAGGAUGAUGGUUACCUUACACUGUCAAGGAAGGUUGUUACGGCAGGACUACAAGGAGGAUUGCAAGUUGCCAUACAAGCCUAUGGGGGAUCUGACCGUCCAUCCGUAUCCGGUCUUCUUUACUUCCCUUCCCAGUAUUGCAGGGUAAGUCGGCGCACAUGCUUGGUCGGUGGCUUUGAGGUGGAGGUAACUGUUGCUUGGUCGUGGUUUGUACAGGACAAGAUGGAAAUCUUGUGAUCAAGGGAUCUACUACCUAUCUUGCCCAUCUACUAUGUAUCGCUACUCGUUAGUAAAAAUGUUUGAAUUAUUUGUAUGUCGGCCAGCUAUGCAAGUAGGAUGGUGUCCCAACUCCCAACUGUUUGUGUAUAGACUUUAUAUUGUGUUAUCUGAUCUGACUAUAACUUACUGUACUAUGUUAUACUUUUGGUUGCUUGGUACAUCUAGUGCAUUUAAUUUCCCACCUGCUGC